AUGAGUUUUGGUUGGUCUGCCGGCGACAUCUUCACGCUUGUAGUAACCUGCUACAAGAUUGUCGACACCUGUCGUGCGGGACUAACCGGCGCAUCACUACAACUCAGCGGCCUGCAAAAUGAUCUUGAAGAAUUCUCAGCGGUGCUCUUGCACUUGCACGAUGUUGUCAAGGAGAGCCGGAAUAUCGCAUUUUUCGAUAUGAAGGAGAUGAAGAAGACCAUCGAGGCUUGUAAUAUUUACCUCACCAAGUACGCUGGUCUCAAGCGCAAAGCGUCGUUUUCGAAAGGGAAAGAGUUGUUGGACAAUGCGAAAGAUGCAGGAUUAAAGAUUAAACAGGCGGUUAUAUAUACGACGUUGGGUGGUGACCAGGAGCUACAGGUGCUGCAGCGCAGACUUGCGCGACAUCGACAGACAUUGGUGCUUUAUCUCCAGAUUCUGGAACGUAAUCGACGGACGAAAGAAGAUAUUAAACUCAACAAGCGCUUGUCCGAUAUGGAGGCUAUGGUCAAGGAUAUGCACUCGGUCCGACGUCUCUCUGCCAUAGGAUCACCAGACUAUGUCCAAAGGUCACCACGUAUACAAGAACACCAACAACGCCAAGAUGAAACAGAUUCUGAGGACUACGAAGCAAUCUUCAAAGCUCUCAACGAGCAAAAGCGAUUAGCCCUAAUGGAGACGAAGCGGCCUAAUAAUGACGACAACCUAGAAGAAUGGAACGAUAUCCUCGACCACCUCGAGAUUAUAAGCAGAAGAGUUCUAAAUGCGGCGGAGAGAACAGCUAGUUCAACGGCACAACGACGUACGGGGUCGGUGUCUCAUCAGAUUGCACUCAACCGCAUGCUGACGCCUCAUCAUACCAUGGGAACCCCGCCGUUACGACCAAUACAGAGAGUUGAUACACACGACAGUGGAUUUGCUGAAAUGCUACCGCCAGCACUCGCUCCAGUGCGCGAAGAGAGUUCCGGUCUCACCGAAGGAUUCGUCGAAAGUGGCCAUGUCGUCAACAAAUAUGUUCAUCCUUCUUCUUCAUUCUCCGAGGGUAUGGUCGAACACCAUCGGCCACCUAUCUCUCCCAGGUCUCUUAUGAAAAGUCGCACUCUAUCCGUCCAUUCGAUACAUAGGCCAGUUAUAAGUCCUUCGUCAUCGUCUGAAUCAGUCGCACCGUCCACUGUACCGACUACGCACUCACCACGUCAAUCACGUACCUUUAGCAUGUCCUCGUCGGAAGUCUCAGUCAAUUCUGCAGUUUUACUUUGGCAGGUCAUUCAGUUUGAUGGUUGGGUGAAAUGUUGUACGAAAACUUCCCGCAAGCCAUUACCAUGUAGUAUACAUGGAGGCUAUGAUUCGAAUGGCCAGGUCUAUGGUCUUCACAUACGGAGGCAGGAUACAAACGAUCCCUUGGUUUUUAUUAAACUUUCUACAAAGAAAAAACGUCCUGUUCCUCAAGUCGAGCCAUCUGGAGAGCGCGACGAUGUCAAUGAAGGAUUCCAGGCAUACUUUAUAGGCCCAAUUGACACAGAGCCGAAAGAUGAGGAAGUUCAAUUCUUCUUCAAGGAAGAAAAGUCUUUGAAUAAAUUUGAGAGCCUAGUCUAUGGUCAAGAGCUACUUUUGACGAUCAAUAUCAGAAAGAUAUCAUCAUCUGGCAAAACCCUAAGCGAAAGUCAAAGACUUCGACUCUGGAGAAAAGGUGAUACGAAGUCCCUACUUUUUUACCCAACAUGCGAAAAGACGAAAGGACGAUAUCAUCCUGUUCUUGCCCGAGAAGUUCACCAAGCCAAGCAGAGCAAGACUUCGUUGGACCUCAAACUCCAGGAUAAUAGUCAUCAUCUGAAGGAUCUCAAGAUCGAGUUUGAAAACAAACCUGAUCUUAGCAUGUUUUCGAAUGAAUUCUUAUCUCAAUGA